AAACAGAUGUACGAGAGGGAAUUUAUCAUGCAACUGGCACUGGCACAGAUUCACAUUAUUGUCGUAGAUAUGUGCCGAUAAUUGCUUCGGGCUGUAGUAUCGGAAACUCAAAUAAAAUCACGAAUUUAAGUCGCACAAUAAUCGAGAAGAUUGAAAACGACCUUAGAAUUGCGAAUAAAAAGGACACAUUAGUUGGGUCGUUUGUCAAAGGAUUUCGUGAUAAUUAUGAAAUUUAUGGCAAAAAUUAUGGAGUUGAUGCCGCCAUAGCUUUACUAGUAUUAACAAGCAAUGGUAACUUUCGAAACUUUGAUCCAGAAGAUAUUAUCAACAACCUUGAUUCAAUCGAUAUUUCGCAACCUGUAUUAAAAGUUGGACGAACAUCCGGACUGACUAUUGGACAGAUAAAAGAAACAAUUUCAUCAUCAAUUUUGUUAAGUGGAGUUCAUAACAUAUUUUACCAACAGGAGAGAAUAUUUGGGCGUUCCCUUUUAGAAGCUAUCAAACACAAGGAGAAAACUGUAUUUCCUCCUAAAUGGUUAGAUAGACAAAUUACAGUAAAGAGUAAUGGAGUAUUUACGGAAGAAGGUGAUUCUGGUAGUAUAUGGUUUAAUAAAAGUGGAGCAGUUAUAGCAAUGGGUCAUGGGAAUUUAUCUACAAAUAUUGCAAUUUAUUCCAUAGGAUCGCCAAUACAUGCAGUGGAAAAAGCUCUUAAUAUAAGUAUUUGGUUUGGUAAAUAG